AGGAGUAGGGGAUCCCUUUUUUGUUUUUGUUUUGAAUUUUUGAAUAAUAAAAUUAAAUGGAUAAAGAGUCUUUCAUACUUGAACAAAAAAAACCAUAGAAAGACCACAUAAAACCAGUGAAAAAACAAAAUCAGAAUCCAAGAAAUGGAAUUUAAAAGCCACGUUGAGUGUUUCGUUAAACUAUUAGAUGAACCUCUUGUUGUUCACUUACUGAAGAGAGACGUGUGUGGAGCCAUAUGUGAUAAAUACCAUCUUGUAGUAGUUUUUCAGUUCUUUAUGAGAGCAGAUUUUCAACCAGAGGAUUAUAACACCAAAAACUUCUUUUUGGCUUUAUCCUUGAGUCACGAUCUCUACGACGAAUCAAAAACUCUAAAAGAAAUAAUCCAACACAUCUAUUUAAGCAGAGCCGAAUGCAAAAGCUUAGAAGUAUUCAAAUGGGAAAAGUUCAUGCUAUUCAAACAAAUGCAAUAUAAAGGAAUAAUUGAUCGAAAAAUUUGUCAUAAGUUGUUCAAGUUGAUACCACACAAGGCUUUGCAAAAGAAUAGGAGAGAAAUCCACGGAGGAGUUUUGACUAGUAAGUACGUCUGCAAGAAAUGUCUGUGCCCAGUGAAUAAAGCGUCGAAUUUACAAGAAGCUUUGGCAGUCAAUAGGAGAAAGUCAGAUAUCAGGCUGAAAGCAAAGAAACAGAAAACAGAUAGAAAUCAGUUUUUUCCUUAUGCUGAUAAGUCAAACGUUUUCCGAGAUAAAAAAGCAUCUGUUGACACAAGUGGUUAAUCUAGUCAUUGUAGAGAUCAUGCACCUUUUUCUGUGAUUCACAGGGUAUCUAGAAAAUUUUUGAUAAUUUUUCUUUUAUUUUAUCUGCCCGGUUUAAAUGUUAAUUAUUUUCAUGGGGUCAAAAGUAUAUCCCAGAAAUUAUAUUUUAGUUUGUCUUUUUUUUAUAAUUUCGUUUUAAGCUAUUUGCUGUUUAAUGUUGUUAGUGUAAAUGCACUGGAAAUUAUUUAUAUCUAUAUUUCUAUUAGCAUGAAUCUCGAUCAGAAAUAUUUUUUAUAAUACCAAUACCUUACAGGGAUUUUUAUACAAGAGUACUUAAAGCAUGUUAUAGAACUGAAUAUUUGAAAUAAAAUUUUAAUUUUAUAUACCUAU